AUCUUGUCUUAUAUGAAUAAGGAGUCUCGCGUGAUACAGCUUAACACUGUGCCCUUACGCAGCAGACAUAAACUGCUCAAAAUGGUUAUUUUGUAUUUCAAUUUCUUGACUGUGCUUUCCGCCAUUCCUUCUCGAGACUGACUGAAGGUAAGAAGUUUAAACUUCGGCCGUAAGGGAUUGGAGCCUUUUUGGACUCUUUGUCAAUUGACGAUCUGGCUUUCAGCCCACAAGAAAACAUUCUUCAUGGCUUCUGGAGCUGCACUAACAGUCCAUUCCACCAAAGAGACAACUAAUUAUGCACGAUUAUGCUGGCUUCUGGUGGAUGUUGGUUCACACAUCCUGAGAGAGACUUUUGACAAGAAGCGUCCGCCAGGAAAUCUGGAUACAGUCUUGUUAAGUCCUCCAGUUCACAAUGCUCUACAACUAUUUAGGAAUAAAAAGGUUUUGAACCCAUCGCAAUGGGGCAAACUGUAUCCUGCCAUCAAAUCAUCAGUCUCAUCGCAGCAUUUCGAUAUCACCCUACUUAUGGUUCUACUGAGGAACAUUUGUAACCUUGUUACCCCGUCAACUGGCUGGGAUACACUUCCUCCUGCAGCAGACACAACCCUCGAGGCUGACAUCGUGCGCAUCAAGUGUUUCAGAAACACAGUUUAUGGUCAUGCCACCAAGGCCUCAAUUGAUGAUGCAACAUUCAAUCAAUACUGGAUGGACAUCCAAGAUGCACUAGUGAGACUGGGAGGAGUCGGAUAUCAGAGUGUUAUCAAUGAUUUGAAAAAGGAAGGCAUGGACCCGGAGAUUGAGGAUCAUUACAAAGAGCUGCUCAAACAAUGGAUAAUGGAUGAAAUGAGCAUUAAGGAAAGAUUGGAUGAAAUUGAAGAAAAGCUCUUGAGGAAGAUGGCUGAAUGUCAAGGAUCCAUAUCAAAUCCUCAAAAGAAUAUAGGAGUUGAAGAUGCAGCAACAUACACAAACGCACUAAAAGAAUCAAUCAAAAGCCAAACUGAGUUCCACGCUGUAGCUUCUCCCACGUCGUCCAAGGUAAGAACAGAUGAUAUAUUCACAAGGAUUCUUAUACAACAAGGACGAAAACCGGUAAAAAACCUUGGUAUGCAUAGAAAGCAACGCCUUCAUCAGUACGGUCAAGUAAGUGGAAAGCCAGUCAAACUCUGUCAAGAAAUUUUCACUUCUGAUACCGAUCGUAGAGAGGAAAAGAAUCCCAAAUCUGUUCUUGUCACCGGAAAAGCAGGAAUUGGAAAAACGCUCUUUUGUCAAAAGUUGAUGCGAGAUUGGGCAGACAACAAAUUGUUUCUAUCACGAAGAGAUUCUCUCUCUCCUGAUUUCAAGUUCGCUUACCUGCUGACUUUUCGUCAAUUAAAUCUACUCAGAGACGAUAAAUUUACCCUAAAGGAAAUCUUCAAUUGAUCUUCUGCGCUAGACGACCGCUCCACUAUUGAUGACUCUUUCUUCGAGUACAUUGUUGAUCAUUCUGAGGAGGUUUUGAUUAUCAUCGACGGGUAUGACGAGUACGCACAACAACAAUUCAUCGCAAAGGAUUUGGAUGACCGAUAUCCGAAUGAUGCUCAUGAGAAAAUGCCAGUAGCAGCUCUGUGUGCCAAGCUACUCAAAGGAAAAAUCUUGAAAGGCUCGGUUGUCAUGAUAACAUCGAGACCCGACGAAUCGGAUGACAUAGAAGUCAAAAUUGGUUUUGACGGAUGCGUUGAAAUCACAGGAUUUUCCAAGCUACAGGUAAAGGAAUACAUCGAGAAACAUUUCCAAGAAAAUGAAGUCAUGAAGAAUACUGUGAUGGAUCACAUCACAAAGAAUGACAAUCUUGUCAGCUUUGCCCACAUUCCAGUUCUUUGUUUUCUGAUGUGUUCGUAUUUUGAGUAUUUCUUAAAGGAAUCGACUAACACUGAAUCUCUCCCGGUCAAUAUGAGUGACAUUUAUUUUGAAGUGGUUAAUAUGUUUUUGACAAAACAUUGCAAAAAGGGAGGAACCCUUCCCAAAGUAACGUUGGAGAAGUUGUCCAAGUUGGCAGCUAAUUUUCUCUUAGAAAAUAAAUUUCUCUUCUCUGUCGAAGAUAUGAAGAACUUUACUGUCGAAGAAGUCGAAAAUCUGAGAGCGAGCGGCCUCCUUCAUUGCGGUCCUAUUUUUAGAAAAACAUUUUCUGAAACGACGAAGUACUUUUGUUUCACACAUUUAACUCUCCACGAAUACUUAGCGGCUCAGUGGUUUGUGAAGAGCAAAGAGAUCCCUUCCCUUGGAGAUGUGUCAGAAAUGGUAUUCAUAUUCAUGUCCGGCAUCUUAUCAAAGCAAAACGACAAUGCUUUAAUGCAAACGUUGAUUGAAAGACUCGAUCCGCAGCCCUGGAGAAACCUGCUUGCUUUUAAGUGUCUCACAGAGUAUCAAGACAAAGAAUUUGCUCAAGGGAUAGUUAAGACACAUUGCAAUGCAAUCUGGGACCACGAGGGAGACAUUAGAUUUGAAGAGGUGGUUAACUUGGACUGUACUGCUGUGUCUUUUCUGUUAGAUGUCAUAAGCUCAUUGAAUAUUGUGGAAACUGCUCGAAAGAAUCAAACAUCUCUUCAACAGACACGCAUGCCGUUGUCACGCGGGUCCCAACUGCCCUUCGGGUUAUUUGGGAUGCUGGGCUGGAAUGUGGUGCAAACCGCAGAUACGCCCAAACGGUUAACUCUCGACGGGUGUUUUCUAUCUCAUGAUGGAUUACGAAGAAUCUGUGAGGCGCUUGAGAAUGAGUUUUGUCCCAUUACUGGAUUAGUUAUGACGACAUAUCCGUCGACUGGUAAAUGGAUUUACACCAUUGUAGAGAUGUUACCGCUUUCAAAUUUACUUGAACUGCGCUUGUGUCACGCUCGUAUCACCGAUGAUGAUGUUGUCAGUCUAUGUGAAGCAUUGCAGACAGCACCAUGUCAAGUCAGCACAUUAGAUUUGACUGGUAAUCAGAUCACCGAUUCAGGUGUUGUCAGUCUAAGUCAAGCAUUACAUGCAGUAACAUGUCAAAUCACCACAUUACAUCUGAAGGCUAAUCAGAUCGCCGACGCGGGUGUUUUCAGUUUAAGUCAAGCAGUACAAACAGCAACAUGUCAAGUCACCACUUUAGAUCUGAGAGGUAAUCAGAUCACCGAUGCUGGUGUUGUCAGGCUAUGUCAAGCAUUACAGUCAGCAACAUGUCAAAUCACCACAUUAAAUCUGAGUGCUAAUAAGAUCACCGAUGCUGGUGCUGUCAGUCUUGGUCAAGCAUUACAGACAGCAACAUGUCAAGUCACCGCAUUAGAUCUGAGUUGGAAUAAAAUCUACGAUAAUGGGGUUGUCAGUUUACAUCAAGCAUUGGAAUCGGCGAAUUCUCCACUCGAGUCGUUAAAUUUGGAUUACCAAGGUCGGUAAGAGACGCAUCAGAAGUCUGUUAAAGACAACCGCAUCUUGAUCUGGGUGGAAAAUUGUUUUGCAGACACACUAUGACAAUGAGUACAACAUAAGUUGUUUACGCAUCUAAAAAAUUUUGAACAAACAAUUCAAACGAUGGUGUUAAAGUAUAAUUAAGAAACGUCAUCAUGUACUUUGAAUCACUAAAUAUUUCCUAGAAUGUAUUUUUUAAAGCAACCGUGUAGGAUCUAUUCACCAGAAUUUUUUUGUUUUUUUGUUUUGGUGAUAUGUUCGUAAUGAUGGAAAACAUGACCUUUUUGGUUGAUAGUGACCCCGUCUAAAAUACAAUUGUUAACUGUCGCUUCUUAUUACACCUUGCUCCCACCACAUGAUAUCUACUAAACUGGAACCAUCUGACCUAUAUUCCCUCAUCCCAACCCAGUAAGUAAAAGUGUUUCGCUUUCUGUACAGAGCGGGUAUAAAAGGCUACGAAUGAAAAUGUUACUCACUCCAACCGGCAGUUAGUGCACGUCAUCUAAGCCCUCCACUUCUCUUAUUAAACCGAUCAUUUAUGAGGUAAAGGGUCGGAUGAAUUAUUCUCGAAAAUUUUGACAUUAUGCCUGUGAGCGUCACCCUUGAAAACGUGGUAUUAUGCCGAAAAUUGUAAGCCAAAUUUUCCAUUAUGCUUAAGUUGGUAAUUCUGGCCUGACUGAUUUUAUAAAGCAUUAUUCGUUCACUUGUGCUAAGAAUAAUUGAUAUCCUCGUAUUUGUUGAUUUGACUACUUGU